AUGUUAAUGCUAAUCAGUCUACCGAUCAGUUCGACCACUGACCAUAAUGGAGUCAUCACUUAUACACCUAAGCCUGGGAAUGUAUUCAGUAAGCUUGUGGAUGGAGCCACUGAUAUCUGGGAGUCCAAGCCUGGUUUGUAUGGUACCUUGGUCAGGACUAUGACUAGCAAUGGUGUUAGAUACCUAGCUGUCCUUUUGGAUAAUAAUAUGUUCAAGCUAUUCAAACUAGACGAUGACAACUGGAAGGAUAUCACUACUAAGAGGUAUGAUGUUUCUAACCUUAAAUUCCUUGGAGAGAGUGAUACUGAACUCACCAAGAAAGAUUACGCAGUAACCUUAACUGACGACAUGUAUGAAUACAAGUUCAAUGAUGGAGUCAACUGUAGAAAGAUCACAUAUAAUGAUAUGCCAGUUUGGAAACACACUGACGACCCCAACUUCUCUGAGAUAAGGUCACUUUCCCUGGAUCUUCCAAGAAACAAGUUCUUAGUUAUGAAGAAUCUAACUAAUUACAGCACAAACUAA